AGUGUCAAACGGAUGAACCUGUGCUUCCAUUCUUUGCCAAUGACUUGGCUGAAUUACUGAAGAAUUUGCUGAGGCGAUUCAUCAAGCGAGAGCUACUGACUGAUGUCACACCUCAGCACUUGGUACGGCUUGAUGUCACUGACAAGCAGUCGAGGGUGCAUCCAAAGGCAGUGGACAUCGGCAUUGGUGCAGAGACUGCCAUAAAGGAACUCCAACAGCGGAGUAAAUCCUCAGAGGAACUUUCCAUCCUACAUUUUCAAAACCAAUGCAUGGAGUGUCUAUCCAAAAUGGUCCAGAAGAUUCAGGAGAGGAGCCCUUUGAAGUUUCCGAUUGUUAGACAAUUAACUUGUCUGAACCCAGCCUUUAUGUACAGCAACCCUGAACUGUGUCAGAAACAGAUGAAGAGCAUAGUCAGGAAGUUUCUACAAGACAGACAGUUGGAUGGAGGAGUUGCUGCUGGUGAUCUGAUCACCCAGAAGUUCUCAGAGAUGCUGUCCCUGGAGGUCCGAACUGAAGAAUUUCAGUCCUUCCAGCCAUUCAAGAAAAGACUGGAUGUCUUUCUAAGCAACAUCAUCAGUGAGACCUACCCACAACUUUGGUCCUUUAUCCAGAAGCUUCUACUUCUAUCACACGGGCAGGCAACAGUUGAGCGGGGCUUUUCAGUGAACAAAGAAAUUGAAACUGCUAACAUUCACGAAGACACCGUUGUAGCGCAGAGAAUCGUCUGUGACUACAUCUCUCUCCAUGGAGGGGUUACCAAGGUCCCCCUCACGCCAGCCCUGCUUUCCUCGGUCUCAUCUUCCAGAGCAAGAUAUAGAAUUCAUCUUGAGACGGAGAGAAAAAAGAGAGAAUCUCAAGCAGAGUCAGAAAAACGAAAGGCCAUUGAGGAGAACCUGGAGCAACUGAGAAAGCACAGAAGAUCCAUCAAGGAGGUAGCCGAACAUCUGCUCAGGGAUGCUGAUAAGUUGGCAGACCAGGCUGAAGCCAAGCAAGCAGGCAGCAAGAUGGCGGAGCUAAUAGCAAAAUCGAAUGCCUUUAGAAGGAGCCACAAGGAAAAGAUGGCUGAACUCAUUAAACUGGACGAACAGAUUGCUGCCAAAAGAGCUGAGCUCCAAAAGCUGUAGGAUCUAUUGAAAUGCACACAGGCACACCCACAGACGAAUGCAGGCACACGCACACACAAACACACACACACGUACACCCCUCACAGUUAUUGUUUUAAAUGGUUCUUAAAUUAAUGACUUAAAUACAGUGUAGACAGGCUGUAGGUUACUUUGGGAAAAAACAUCCAUACAAAGGCGCACCCACAGACGUGUGCAUGUGCAUACAUGCACUCCUCACACAGUUAUUGUGUUUAAAUAUGGUGAAUGUUAUGUUGAAGCAGAUCUUUGAAAGCUGUUGUCCUCAGAGCAUAUUGUUCAUUAAAGUUAUUUAUUUGAU